CUCGCCCGCCAGGAAUGUCGUUUGUGUCGUCGAGCCUCGAUCACACACCUCGAAGAUAAAAUGGCGCUUACGGGGACGAAGCGGGCCAUCACUAUUUUCGGGCUGAUCUUCACGUGCUUGGCAUUUGUGUGCAUGAUAGUGUGCUUCACGACACCACACUGGCUGGAGAGGUUUCCUUACAAGCGAAAUACCAAGGUCUUCGUGCGGCUGGGCCUCUGGGAAGCGUGCUUCAAUGACUGGCAGUACUACAAAGAUUACCUGGGCAAGAGGUACAAUGGGUGCUGGUGGAUCUUCCACUUCGAGUACCGUCCAGUUUGGCCCUGGCUUAACCCUCCAUGGCUUCUGGCCGUACAGAUCAUGAUGACCCUGGCCUUGAUGUUACACAUGACGACCAUUGUCUUCAACAUUCUCUAUUUUGUUGGUUGUUGUCCUCCACACAAAGAGCAGAGCUAUGUGCGCGCAUCAUGGAUCAUGAAUUUCUUAGCAGGUGCCUUCAUUACCAUAUCUUCUAUUAUUUUCGCCAUCAAAGCUGACACAGAUCGCCAGUGGCUGCCAAACCCUGAUUCCAAUUACCUGUCAUGGUCCUUUGGCUUCUGUGUGCUGUCUGGAUUCUUCUCUUUGUUUGCAGCAAUUUGCCUUUUAGCUGACUAUAUGCGCUUCCGGUUUGAAGACGAAAAAAACAGUCGUGGACCAGCUUAUGCAGUUAAAGCAAACCCUAAGUUCUAAUUUUUGAGUGUGUUAGAGGUGAAAAAAAGUGAAUCUGAAGUUGGAAAAGUUUUUUUUUUUUUUUUUUGGAGGGGAACAUCUUUAUUUUAUUUGUAUUUUUGUGGAGAUUUAAACUUCAUGCAAAAGGUAAUAAUGAUAAGAGAUAGAAAAACUCUGCCAGAAAUUUUGAUAUAAAAAAAUCCAGUGUAAACCAGGUAUACAUGUAAAUAUUAAGUCUUAUACAUUUUUCAAAUAAUACUUUACUGUUUAAAUACCAAGGCUAACAUGGUCAUAUAUGAUCAUUACUUUUAUGUAAUAAAGAAAGCAAAUGAGUGUGAGGGGGUGUGCAUGCAGUCAUGUUUUUGUAUGUGUGCAUGCGCUUUUUGUGAGAAUAUACUAAAUGAUUUUAUUGUAUAAGUGAUUAAGUACUAAUGAAUUAUCCUUUAUGGUGUGGAGGGGGAUUUUACAGCAGGACUUGUAAGAUACUGAUACAGAAUGCCUCUCUUUCCACUGUACAUGAAAUUCCCAGCUAUGCAGCAUUUCUGUUCAGUCAGUUGUAAAUAAUAUGUAAACAUAUCAUUCCUUUAUGUACAUAUCAAACACUAUACAGGCAUAGAUGAUUUUAGUUUGAUUAGUAAACAUUCUUUUUUUACUUAUUUGUUCACAUCAUUCCUUGUGUUUUUCUCUUACAAAAUAUAAAAUUCACACCAGUUUCAGGAGAGAAUAUUUACAUGCUAUUCCAUUUGAGAUACAGAACUGAUCAUUUAAAAUGUCCAUCCGAUAAUAUUACCCCUUUUCUUUUGAGAUAUUCCAUUUUCUUCAUUCACUUGAAUGUAUGUGUAAGAACAUUUUUAAAAGCCUUGUUCAUAUAACAAACAUAAAGGAGUUUGUCUUCUAUAUAUUUUGCAACGAUCAAUAAAAUGUUUAUAAGAUUU